AUGAACCUGGACUCAUUGAGUUUUCAGUUGUCCCAAAUCAGUAAUUGUGUUGCCAGCUUGAACAAGAAGAACUUCAAGUCUGUGAGUGAGGAGUUGGAGCAUUUUGUUUCCAUUCUUGGUCAAGUGGCAGAGAGGCAUUUGCUGCGCUGUCUUUUCUCGCACGUGGACUUCUCUGGUGAAGCUGGGAAAAGUGGGGCAUCAAGGGACUCUGCUCAGCUUCAGUACCUGAUCCAAGAGUGUUCAUCUAUCAUUUCAAAGCCAAAUUUUGUAGGAAACGUGUGCUUUGCAAUUGACAACCCUCUGCACCAGCAGAAGAGCUUGAAAUCCUCCAGCGUUCUCUUACAAUUGAGUCGUGUGUUAAAAUUCAACAAAGUUCAAGAGAUUGCAUUUGGGUUGGCACUUCUCAAUUCAUCACGUUCUGAAACUCAGGCUCACGCUCAGCAGUUUCUCAAGAAUAAGUUGCCUGCUUUUGUGAAGAACUGUGUGGAAUCUUCUGAGAACGGAAGUGUGCAACCCUCAUUGGCAGAUAUUCCUCCAGAAGUCUUACACCUGAUUGCUCUCAACAUCUUGAAUCCGGGAGCUGAACAGUUCUUGUCGAGCUCUGAGGAUAGAAAUUUCCUUAAAGCUUUGUGUAAGGUAUUCCCUCGAGCACAAGUUCCAGUGAUAUUAGCACCUCUGCUAUAUGGUGAACAAGAGGACAUGAACAUGGAAGUGAAUUCAGAUAUCAGCCAGAACAGUAUGGCCAGAAGUCUACUGGAAAACUCUUUGGCUGACACUAUUAUGGAGUUAGGGUAUACAGUCACCAACAGCAUUGAAGAAUGUCAUAACACUCUGGUGAAUAUUGGACUUCCAGAGAUCACUCCAGGAGCAGUUGCUAAAGUCCUGGCGUUGAUGAUACGGACGCAUACAGGACUCGGUGAUCCAGUAUCUCUACAGAAUCUCCAAAGUCCAUCAUCACUGUGGAAUGACAAAGACAAGUCAGAGUCUUCAGGCCAGUUUCAGACAUCCUGGAAUAUUGAGAACUUCAUUAUGGCAUUGAAUGAAAUUCAAGCAAACCUGAAUUGGAGAGAUGUUGUCUUGCAGCUGGACCAUCCUGGAUUUGUUGUGAAAGAUAGACAUGGUCUGAACCUUCUCAUCAAGGCAUUGAAGCUAGGACUUCAGAACCAGUCUUUUCCCAUUGAACUGACUUAUAGGCAUUGGAAAAAUGUGGAUGGUCAGCUGUCAUUGAUUCAUCAUAUCCUGAAAGGCUCUGACAUUCUUUGUUUUGCUGAUUUUCCAUGCCGUCAAGUUAAUGUUGAGAUACUCAAGUCUCCUCCAGAAGCAGAAAAUAAGGAAAUUGCAACAUGGAAGUCCCUUGAUCUCAUGGAAGCCCUCCUGUAUAUCUCUGAUGCAGGAAGCUACACUCAAGCUCAGGAGCUCUUUAAAUUCCCCAUUCAACACUGCCCAGAUGUGCUAGUUCUUGGCCUGCUACAAAUCAGCCCUCCUAUCACACGUCUUCGACAAGACCUCUUGACCAAUCUCAUUCCAGUGUUCCUAGGGAACCAUCCAAAUUCUGCAAUUGUGUUACACCAUGCUUGGAAUUGCCAACAACAACCAGCAGUGAAGCCCAUCAUCAUGCAUGCAAUGGCUGAAUGGUAUUUGCGAGGAGAUGGAGAUCAACAGCGACUAUCUCGAAUUCUUGAUGUUGCUCAGGAUUUGAAAGCCCUUUCCGUCCUCCUGAAUGUCCAGUCUUAUCCAUUUGUGAUUGACCUUGCCUGUCUUGCCUCAAGAAGGGAAUACUUGAAGCUGGACAAAUGGCUGUCAGAUAAAAUUCGAGAGCACCGUGAACCAUUUGUGUCGGCAUGUAUAAAAUUCCUACAAAGACGCUGUCCCCAGAUUCUUGGAGGCAUGGCCAAUGAUGAGGCAAUGCCCAAGUCAAUGUCAAUCCCUUCUGAAACUGUUGCUACAGUGGUGAGUUGUUUACAGGCAGGUUUACAGGCUGGGAGUGUCUCCCAAGAAUUAGCAGAGCCGAUCUUGACGAUGGUGAGCGAUCACAGUGUGAUGUUGGCUCGAAGCAGGCUUGUAUCCUCAACUGUACCACCUGUGACUAAAGCAAGCACCAUCACACGGUCUUCGGCACUGGAUAAUAUUUUUCCAUCCUCUUCACUGAGCUCUUCUAUAUUGAAUGCAUCCCACCAGGUCGACCUUACUCCAGGCAGUCUCUCAACAAGCAUUGCAAACUUGAGUCUUGGAAACUCUACCAGUACUGGAUCUACUAGCAGUUCAUCAGUUUUCAGCAACUUGCCUAGUUCACUGAAUGCAUUCAGUCAAUCUCCAGCAUCUCCAGCACGUUUAUAUGGAUCGUCUCCUGCCCCAUCUACUGCUAUUGGCUUCACCCCAGUGACUCCUCAGGCUCAGAAUGCUCUAGGAGGAUUGUCAAACCCUUUGUCUGGCAUAUCAUCCGGUACUUCAACAAGUCAGCUAUCGAGUAUUAUUGGACGAUCCCAGUUCAGUGUUCCUGGCACUGCAUCCACACGAACAACUACAGAUUUGCCUAAUCUGUUCCCAGAUGUUGUGGACAAGGAUAUAGAGGAUGAAGCAAACAGCUACUUCCAGAGAAUCUAUCACCAUCCUCAGCCACAGAUGUCAGUUGAUGAAGUCUUACAGAUGCUCAAGAGGUUCCUUGAUUCCAAUUCCAAGAGGGAAAAGGAUGUCUUUAAUUGCAUGGUGAAAAAUCUAUUUGAGGAAUAUAGAUUUUUCCCCCAGUAUCCAGAGAAAGAACUAUUUACAACUGCUCAGCUCUUUGGAGGCAUAAUUGAAUAUGGUCUAGUCACCUAUAUGUUGCUUGGCAUUGCUCUGAGGUAUGUCUUGGAUGCCCUGAAGAAAUCUUUUGGCAGCAAGAUGUACCACUUUGGAGUCACUGCUCUCGACAGGUUCAAGACCAGAUUGAAGGAAUAUCCCCAAUACUGCCAGCAUUUAGCUGCUAUCCCUCAUUUCCGUCAGUUCCCAAGUGGCAUUAUCACUUAUGUUGAGUAUGGUGCCAGAUCUGAGGAACCUCCAAAUAGGAGUCAAGGCCCAACAUUGACUGCACUGACAAUGACUUCGCAGACAACUACAAAUGCAGGAGUCAUUGGUCAGGGUUCCGGGAAUCGAGGAAUGACAUCCUCCAUCUCCUCAUCUACAACAACCUCUAUCCAGACAUCUGCAGGCAGGCCAUCCAUUGCCAAUACGACCAACAUUGAUACAUUACUUGUGGCUACAGAGAAGGAAGACAAAGUGGCUGUGCCACCUGAGCAACUGCAAGACCGUGUGGCAUUUAUUUUCAAUAACUUAUCUCAAGUAAAUUUGCAGCAAAAAUGUGAUGAAACAAAGGAACUGAUUGAGGAGGAACAUUGGCCUUGGAUUGCACAAUACUUGGUGAUGAAGCGAGCAAGCAUUGAGCCAAACUUUCAUCUGUUGUAUUCAAACUUUCUGGAUACUCUCAAGUCACCAGAGCUGAACAGAAUGGUGAUUCGAGAAACAUACAGAAACAUCAAGGUGCUCCUUCGCAGUGAUAAGGGGAUUGCCAAUUUCUCAGAUAGGUCCUUGCUAAAGAAUUUGGGACACUGGCUUGGUAUGCUGACUCUAGCAAAGAAUAAGCCAAUCCUCCAGGUCAACCUUGACCCAAGGGCAUUACUUAUUGAAGCACACCAUCGUGGGACUCAAGAGCUUCUAUAUGUUGUCCCAUUUGUGGCAAAGAUUUUAGAAUCUUGUGCCAAGAGCAAAGUUUUCAAACCACCUUGCCCAUGGACAAUGGCCAUCAUGAAUGUCCUUGCUGAGCUCCAUUCAGAACAGGACCUAAAGCUGAACCUAAAGUUUGAGAUUGAAGUACUCUGUAAGAACCUGAAGUUGGAGAUCAGUGAUCUAAAGCCAACAACUGUGCUAAAGGAAUUAGAACGGAUAGCAAAGCUAGAAAUGCAGCUUUCACAAGGAAAACCACAGGGUGAAGGAAUCCCAGCUCCUAUUGCAGCCCCAGUUCAUCCACCAGCUCCUCCAGCCCCAGUUCAACCACCAGUUGCUCCUCCUGUACCUGUGAGUAGCGAAGUGGAACAAAUGACAAAUCUACCAAUGAUGCCAGUGUCUUCUCCACCAGUGACAAGUCGAGGAACAUCAUCAACUCCAACCCCUCAGAUCACAACAUUGGCCUUUCAACCCAAGUAUAGCUACCAUGAGAUUAACAUCAGUUCCAUUGGUGGGCUUUCCCAGCACAUUGGAGUGAGUGGACAGAUGUCAUUGCUCCAGGCACAUCCACAAUUGAAGCUCCUUGUAAGACCAGCUGUUGAGAGAGCAGUCCAAGAAUGCAUUGGGCCCAUGGUUGAAAGAUCUGUAAAGAUUGCCCUGACUACAGCUGAGCAGAUUGUGAAGAAAGACUUUGCCCUUGAUCCAGAGGAGACUCGAAUGAGGAUUGCUGCUCACCAUAUUGUCCGCAACCUAACCGCUGGAAUGUGCAUGAUAACUUGUCGAGAACAGCUUCUUGUUUCCAUCAUUGCCAACUUGAAGAAUGCUUUCCAAACUGCCCUUCAAGGAGCAACUGGCCAGCAGAAAGAAGUGAUCGAACAAGCUUCAAAUCUCAUUGCCCAAGAGAAUGUGGAAUUGGCAUGUGCUUUCAUCCAGAAGAAUGCCAUUGAAAAGGCUGUAAUUGAGAUUGAUAAGCGACUGGCACCAGAUUUUGAAUUGAGAAAGCUUGCCAAGGGAGAAGGGAGAAGAUUCUGUGAACCAUACACCUUGACAUACCAGGCUGAGAGAAUGGCAGAGCAGAUCAGAUUGAAGGUUGGAAAUGUGACACCGCAGCAGAUGGCUGUGUAUGAAGAGUUUGCCCGCAAUAUCCCAGGAUUCCUUCCUAUAUCUGACAGGGACCUCUUGGCCCUUAUACCUAAACCAGUGCCUUCCUAUGUCCCAGAUGACAUCAGUCAGCUCUAUGGGAAAGUGGCCACUGAAUUGGAGAAUUGUUUGAGCACCAUGAUGAAUCAUGCAGGUAGUCCUCUGUUCAUGGGUUUGGAGCAACUCUUGGAAAGUGUGCUCAUUGCCAGACAGAAUCGUGAUGCUAUAACAGGGAGUGCAUUACUUCAGAAAGGAGUGGAAGGCUUACUUGAAGGCAUGAGUCACAUUUCACCCAACGAUCAGGAGAUGUUCAUUCGAUACAGAGAUGGUCACUUGUUGGUUCUCAAGGCUUUACAAGACCCUCGUGGUUUUGGUCCCCAGUGGACCAACCGUCAAGUAACAAAGCACUGGAUUGAUGCCCGAGAGGAAGUGAAAUGGAACAUUGAUGUUAUUGAUGCACUAAUCAGGGCUACCCUGCUGUCUAUGCCACAAUUCGAUCUUCAUCUGGCCCAAUCCAUUGAGAGUGGGAUGAACUAUUCUGCUGUCACUCUUGCCAUGCAGCUGAUUCAGGUAUAUCUUGUGGAUGAACGAAACAACAGCCCACUUGCUGAGGCAGACCUAUGUAAUACCAUUGAAGUGCUGAUGCGAAUUGCUCCACAGUCACGCCAAGCCCCAGAUGGAUUGCCUAGCUUACUGGACCUCUUGCGAACAGGAGGGGAUUCCACCUUCCCUGAACGUGUUCCAGGUGGACCAACUUCACAUAUCUUUUCUGGGAUAUCUCAAGCACAGGAAUUUGAUGAUCCACCUGGUCUGCAUGAGAAGACUGAGAUGCUCCUGAGGGAUUGGAUCAACAUGUACCAGAACCCCAAUCAGGGGAAUGACCUCACACGUGGUUUCACCCUCUUUGUCCAUCAACUGAAUGUUCAGGGCAUCUUGCGAACUGAUGAGCUCAUCACACGGUUCUUCAGACUACUGUUCCUCGAGCUGAAUUCUCCUGAGCCUGUAUUUGAAGGGAUCAACUUUCAAGUUUUGACUGCAUUUUGUCACACGCUUCAUCUGAUCAGACCAGCUAAAGCUCCAGGGUUCACUUAUGCUUGGCUAGACAUGGUGGGGCAUCGGGUAUUCCUCACUCGUUUGCUCGUUCACACACCCCAGCAAAAGGGAUGGACCAUGUAUGCUCAGCUUUUGGUUGACAUCUUCAAGUUUCUGUACCCAUUCUUGAGGAAUGCAGAUCUCUCAAAAGCAAUGAUGGCUUUGUACCGUGGGGUCCUUCGCAUCCUUCUGGUUCUUCUUCAUGAUUUCCCUGAAUUUCUUUGUCAAUAUCAUUAUGGAUUUUGUGAUGUCAUCCCGCCCAAUUGCAUCCAGAUGCGGAACCUCAUUCUUUCGGCCUUCCCACGUAACAUGCGCCUACCUGACCCGUUUACCUCGAACCUGAAAGUGGAUCUUCUUCCCGAGAUCACUCAUGCACCCCGUAUCAUGACCAAUUUUGCUGCCAUGAUCCAACCGCCCAACUUCAAGAAAGACCUAGACAGUUACCUGAAGACGCGAGCUCCAGUCACGUUCCUGACCGAGCUGAGAACAAAUCUCCAAGUCACCACUGAAGCUGGAUUGCAUUAUAAUGUCCCUCUGAUCAACGCCCUGGUGCUGUAUGUCGGGACCCAGGCCAUCAGCUUCAUUCAUAGCAAGGGCUUGACGCCAUCAAUGGCCACAAUCACGCACUCAUCGCACAUGGACAUCUUCCAGAAUCUUGCCGUCGAUUUGGACACUGAAGGAAGGUAUCUGUUCCUGUCGGCAAUUGCGAACCAGCUCCGAUAUCCCAACAGCCACACGCAUUACUUCAGCUGCACCUUACUCUACCUCUUUUCAGAGGCUAACAGUCAGGCAUUGCAAGAACAGAUUACACGGGUUCUGCUUGAACGGCUCAUAGUGAGUCGCCCUCACCCUUGGGGUCUUCUGAUCACGUUCAUUGAACUCAUUCGCAAUCCUGCAUUCAAGUUCUGGCAGCACGACUUUGUUCGCUGCGCCCCAGAGAUCGAGAAGCUCUUCGAGUCCAUAGCCAGAUCCUGCAUCAUGCAGAAAGGCGCGCCCCCGCGGGACCAAGAUGCCGAGGGUUUGAAGAGCUGA